AUGAACUACAUAAUUAUGACUCCACAACAUAAGGAACGGUUGAAAACUCAGAUACCAUUUUUCGAAUACGCUGCUAUCCAUCUGAACGUCCGUCUUGUCCAUAUUCCUCUCACGUUCAUGCUCGGAUUCUUUGUUACGAUAGUAGUGGAUAGAUGGAGAUCAGUCUUUACAAAUAUUGGAUUUAUUGAGAACGUUGCUCUAUCCGUCGGCACCUUAGUCGCUGGCACUGACCACGCUGCAAAAGUGCUCCGCCGCACUAUCAUCCGCUACCUAGUCCUCUCUCAAGUCUUGGUUCUCCGUGAUAUCUUUAUGAGAGUCCGAAGAAGAUUCCCUUCUAUGGAAUCAUUAGUCACUGAGGGAUUCUUGUAUAGGGAUGAGCUGGAAAAUAUGUAUAAAUGCGAGACAAUGUAUAAUAAGUACUGGUUGCCGACUCAUUGGGCGAACCAGCUGGUUCAUAAAGCAAUGUUUGAAACGAAGAAUGUGGAUUCCGUGCAGAGUAUGAACUCGGUGUUGAUGGUCGUCUUUCUAGCAGUCCGUGUCUACUUCCUAAUCUGUCUGAUUUCUCGUCAAUACCUUCUAUCUGCUCCACCAAUUGAAGCUCAAUCAAUCGUUCCAAUCAUGGCAAUUCUACAAUUCGUGUUUUUCGCCGGGUGGAUGAAGGUCGCCGAAGCUCUCCUCAACCCACUUGGUGAAGAUGACGAUGACUUUGAGUGUAACUGGCUUAUCGACAGAAAUAUGUCAACUGGAAUCGAGAUUGUCGACACGUGUCAUGACUCGUGUCCACCUUUGAAAUUAGAGGAACCGGAUGAUGAGAAAGGAACGAUGUACUGGUGCCAUCCAACAAAAAAUGGGUCUCAAGCGCCACCCACUGCAGUUGCAAUCUCUCAACACAACAAUCCAUUUGCGAAAGUGUUGAAUAUGGUACACUCGACGACGCCUGAAUCGUCGCCUCCUUCUUAUCGUUUGGAUGUUCCGAAACAAUAA